AUGACGCCAGUUACCGUCUCGACGCCGCAAAAGCGCAAGGCUUCACUCUCGCACGUCUCCGCCUCGGCUAAGCGUACCCGAUCCGUCUCCAUAUCCGUCAAGGUCACCCAUACCGCCACCGAUGAUGGCCCCGGUAGUCCAGAUCUCCCUGUCGUACUCAAGAACCCACAAGCGUGUCUUGGUGGCAUACCGGAGGAACUUCUCCUGAAGAUCAUGGAGCAUGUAAAGGAAGUCGGCCGUGACCACGCACUCUCGAAGCUGUGUCGUACAGACAAGCUCUGCAAACGACUCGCGGAGGUGGUGAUGUACAAGACCUUAUGUGCCUCAGGCUCUACGACAAACUAUAAGAAAGUGGCGGCGAUGGUCAGCAACCAUCUCCUCUCCGAGCACAUCCGCAAAAUUAGUAUCUUCUUCGGCGGGGAAAACGUCAACAAGGACGCAUGCAACAAGAUCUUGGCCAAUGCCCACGACAUCCAAGAGUUCUACGUGACGGAGCGAUUUGACCGGCCCGCGCAUACACCGAAAUGGUUGCAGAUGUUGAACAGCGCUGUUACACGACCCGUCGGUGGCCAUGUCAAUCAAUUUGCUAAUCUUAAGGAGCUCAAGAUCGCUUCCUGCAACCUCUCGAUGGAGGAACUUUCCUGUGUGUUCCGUCUUCCAUCCCUCGAAACACUUGUCCUCGCGGGGAUAUGUCAAACAACACCUGUUGAGAACUGGUCGGUCCCCGAGUCGAGUAGCUCGAUUCGAAAACUUCACCUGGUUGAUGCAAUGAUGGACAUUGCUGUUAUCGCACAAAUGCUCCUCACGCUCAAGGCCCUUCACAGCUUUGGAUACGACCGCAGUACCGGGAGGUGGGAGCCAUUCGCCGCAGAAGGCAAUCCUUUGUCAAUCUGGCCUGAGCACUCCUGGAAACUUCUGGGUGAUGCGCUGAGGAGACACCGACACUCUGUAGAAGCGGUAUAUGUGACGGACGAUAGUGACGAAGACAUCCUGGACCUGGUGUAUCCCGGCGGUCGAGAGAACGAUACCCUUGGAUCUUUCCGAGAUUUUCCGAAGCUGAAGUGUUGCCAUGUUCCGAUAGAGGCGUUCCACGAUCCUAGGGCCGGUGCAAGCGAUCUCUCAUUGUAUCUACCACCGCAAGUGGGAGAGGCUGGUACCAAGGUCGCGCCCAGGUAUCGAGGCUGUAGAUGCGGUUUCUGA